UUCAAUAAUUCAAGACUGCAAUAGUUGAUUUUAACGAAGCCUUUGAUUAAAUGCAUAACUAUUAGAAUUUCCAGGGAAGAAGGUUAGGAGCAGAUGUCUGCUAUCUAUGAUAACUGGGAGAGGCUGGUUGCUGCUGUUCUGCGAAAACAGCAGCUGUGGGAACUUUUUCAUGAUCACUCCAGGAGUCCCAGCAUCCUCUCUGAAGCAUCCGACUUUAGUUCUAGCUUCAAUCUGAGUUCUCCCCUUCAAGAUUUGGCCUUGGACUUUUCAAGGCUUGGAAGUUUUCCGAGGUCACGUAAAGCGACGCGAAGGCUGGCUCUUGUUUCAGAUUUUAGUUCUGGUUUUGAUGUUGAAGAUGUAUUCCUGGCUUCAGCUGUCUUACUUGGGAGGGGAACUUUUGGGACUACUUAUACGGUUGCAAUGGAAAAUGGGGUAAAAAUUGUGUUGAAGAGAUUGAAGUCUACGAAUAUUUCAGAACAAGAGUUCAAAAGUCAGAUGGAGGUUGUUGGAAAUGUUAGACAUGAGAAUGUGGCUGCUCUCAGGGCUUAUUAUUCUUCAGAAGAUGAUAGGCUGAUGCUGUAUGAUUAUUACUGUGAUGGAAGCGUCCAUGCAUUGUUACAUGGACAAACUGGUGAAAAUAAGUCUCAUGUAGACUGGGAAACCAGGAAGAGAAUUGCGAUUGGUGCUGCAAGGGGUAUUGCCGCAAUACACGCGCAAAAUGGUGGGAAGCUUGUCCACGGAAACAUAAAAGCAUCAAAUAUUUUUCUUAAUUCUCAAAAGUAUGGUUGCGUAUCAGAUCUUGGCUUGGCGACCAUGGUAGAGACAGUAUUCAUGCCAACUGCAGGGUACUAUGCUCCAGAAGUCAAGAAUGCUAGAGAUAUCUCCCAAGAAGCAGAUGUCUAUAGCUUUGGGAUUCUGCUACUUGAACUUCUCACUAGAAAAUCGCCGGCACACAUCCCUGGUGGUCCUAAGUCUGUUGACCUAGUAAAGUUGGUUACUUCUGUGAAAAGCAAGGAGAGGGCUGCUAAGGUAUUUGAUGCAGAACUAUUGACGUAUCCUAUGAUAAGGGAACAAGCGGUGAUAAUAUUGCAAAUAGGAAUAACAUGUGUAGAAAAAUCAAAAAAGAAGAGACCCAAAAUGCUUGAAGUAGCGUGGAUGUUAGAGGAUAUUAAUAGACUGAAUCCACAAAAUCAUGUUUCUUUACAAAGGAAACUUGUAUUCAUUGACGAUUCUAAUCCUAAAUUUGAGCUUGAGGAUUUGUUAAGUGCUUCUGCUGAGGUGCUUGGGAAAGGAACAUUUGGGACUUCUUACAAGGCAAUAUUAGAAAAUGGAAACACAGUCGUAGUGAAGAGAUUGAAGGAUGUUAGAGUAUCAUUUGAGGAUUUUCAGCAGCAUAUGAAGGUCAUUGGAAAAAUGAGGCAUGAGUAUGUUGAUAAACCAAGGGCGUACUACUUUUCAAGAGAUGAGAAGCUCUUGGUGUUUGAUUACUAUGAUAAGCAGAGCUUAUCUGAUUUGCUACACGGAAAAAGAGUUGAAGGUCGGAAACCUUUAUACUGGGAGACUCGGCUGAAAAUUGCAGUGGGCGCAGCAAGGGGUAUUGCUCACAUGCACAGUGAGAAACUUGUACAUGGAAAUAUAAAAUCCUCAAACAUUUUCCUAGAUGGACAAAGAUAUGGCAUUGUCUCUGAUGUUGGAUUGGCAAAACUGAUGAAUCCAAAUAGCUGGUCGGGUAUGUGGACUUCACACUACCAUGCCCCAGAAGUUAUGGACACCAGGCAAGUGUCCCAAGCUUCUGAUGUCUAUAGCUUUGGAAUUCUCCUGCUUGAACUUGUGACUGGAAAGAAAACUUAUCAAACUCACAUGGAUGAUGUUGAUGCCAUCUCACUUGUUAACUGGCUUCACUCUGUUGUUCGCGAUGAAUGGACUCCCGAAGUGAUUGACGCAGAAAUUCUGAGGUAUCUAGGUGAGGAGGAAGCAAUGGUACAAGUGUUGCAAAUAGGAUUGGAGUGUGCUGCCGCUGUCCCCGAGCGCAGACUGAGAAUGCCUCAAGUGGUGAGUAUGUUGGAGGAGAUCAGUGGCAUUGAACCAUCUGAUGAAUCAGGACUGGGAGAUGGAUGGGAGCAAACAACCAUUGAAUCAAGAUUGGAAGAUCUAUUGGAUGAUUUGUUGCCCACACUGAUACUAUAAAUAGUGGUAGCACAGGCGAUAGCAUCUCCUCUUUGAGCUUGAAAAUUUGUGACAUUGAAUGCUUUUCUUCAUAGUUGAUCCUGUGUUGAAGAUUGAAAUUUGUGAAUAAGAAGCUUUCCUCUUCUUUUCUAUUGUCAUCAAAUGUUAGUCUCACAU